GUCCGGGCUCUGGCCAGUUAGGGAUCUUGGGGGGCCCCAUAAUUCCUGCAAGCUCCGAAGAAAAUAUUCGCUGCCAUUGGCUGGGCUACUGGUCCCCCUCGAAUUGCAGCGUGCAUGGCUCCGCGUUUCCUUCACAUUAACAGAACCAACCCUCCCACUCUCCUCCUCUUCCUUUGACCUCCGGCUCACACCCUCCCGCGAUCCUGAUUCCUGAGUUGAGCAGCACACAGCAAGGCCAACCCGCCCUUUCUGUCUGACUGCCGAACCCGACCCCCGACUCGAACAACCAUCGCGGCGUGUUGUUUUCCAUCAACCUUUUCCCUUUUCUUCAUUACAGCCAAAGUCCUAAUAGCCGUUCGAUUGACGGUUUGCCGGUUGUCCGGAAACAAUACAGACCGCUUCGUUCGAAUUAAUAUCCCCCGAUUGAAAACAUACCUUCUUUUUUGAUCAGAUUUGUUAUCGACAUCUAAGCCAAGAUGGGUUGCGGAAUGAGCACAGAGGAGAAGGAGGGCAAGGCCCGGAACGAGGAGAUUGAGAACCAGUUGAAGAGGGAUCGGAUGCAGCAGCGCAACGAAAUCAAGAUGUUGCUUCUGGGUGCUGGUGAAUCCGGAAAGUCAACUAUUUUGAAGCAGAUGAAGCUGAUCCAUGAGGGCGGCUACUCGCGCGACGAGCGCGAGUCCUUCAAGGAGAUCAUCUUCAGCAACACUGUCCAGUCGAUGCGCGUCAUUCUCGAGGCGAUGGAGUCAUUGGAGUUGCCAUUGGCCGAUGCCCGCAUGGAGUACCACGUCCAGACCAUCUUCAUGCAACCAGCUCAGAUUGAGGGAGAUGUCCUCCCCCCAGAGGUUGGCAAUGCCAUUGAGGCUUUGUGGAGAGAUGCCGGUGUCCAGAGCUGCUUCAAGCGCUCAAGAGAGUAUCAGCUCAACGACUCUGCCAGAUACUACUUUGACAACAUCGCCCGUAUCGCCGCCCCCGACUACAUGCCCAACGACCAAGAUGUCCUUCGGUCCCGUGUCAAGACUACUGGUAUCACGGAGACGACUUUCAUUAUUGGUGAGCUCACGUACAGGAUGUUUGAUGUCGGCGGUCAAAGAUCAGAACGUAAGAAGUGGAUUCACUGCUUCGAGAACGUCACGACCAUCCUGUUCCUCGUCGCUAUCUCCGAGUACGAUCAGCUCCUGUUUGAGGAUGAGACGGUCAACCGCAUGCAAGAAGCUCUCACGCUCUUCGACUCCAUCUGCAACUCCAGGUGGUUCAUCAAGACCUCGAUCAUUCUCUUCCUCAACAAGAUCGACAGGUUUAAGGAGAAGCUCCCUGUCAGCCCAAUGAAGAACUACUUCCCCGACUACGAGGGUGGUGAUGACUACGGCCAGGCUUGCGACUACAUCCUCAACCGUUUCGUGUCCCUGAACCAGCACGAGAGCAAGCAGAUCUACACACAUUUUACUUGCGCCACAGACACAACGCAAAUCCGCUUCGUGAUGGCUGCUGUGAAUGAUAUCAUCAUCCAGGAGAACCUCCGCCUCUGCGGUCUCAUCUGAUAGCAGAUCGGAUGACGACUGGACUCGUCGGACGCAACACCAUGCUGUCCGCCAGAGAUCAGUCACACUUCAUGGCACUUGGCCGACCAUCGAAUAUACCCCACCGACCCUGAUGUGAAACGGCGCGUACCAUGAAGCUUAUUCGCCCCCCACAACUGGUCCUACCCUCCUACCUCCCAGCAUUCUCCAAUCCUCAUCGCUCUUGACCUUGUCACUUCACCAGGUCUCCCCUUUAUUUGUUAGCCACUGGAGAAAAGUCGGGGAUGGUGAUCCCCGAUGUAUGAAUCGUAUUGCGUGUAUCUCCAACACAACGAAAGAGAGGUUUAGGGAGAGAGCAGCAGACGUUUUUUGUGGUCGAAAAAGAAACCGGAAUCUGGUUUUUGGGGGGGAACAGGGGAAGGGAUACAUAUGUUGUUUAAUCAUGAUGUCGUUUUUAUUUUCCUUUUUUACUUUUCAUCUCAUUUUAUCCUGUCUGCGCUGGUUCUCUCUAUUUCUCUCUCUUUCUCUCUCACUCUCUACCUCUCACUCUGAAAAGAAAAAUCACUCUCUGACUUGUCUGUCUGUUGUUGAACUCUAUAUGAUUUUUUGUUCUACAAAGUCAAAUGGAAAAACACAACGGUCCAUGUCAACACACACACUCUCUCCCUUCACACUGCCCCCCUCCAUUCCAAUCGAAAUGCUGGACGACCGUUACGACUAU